AUGGGCUGUGGAGCAAGUCAUGCAAAACGAAGCAACUCAAUCCGACAGAUGGUAACCAAUAGCCUAGGCUAUCCCAAAAUUUCAUUUAAAAAUAAUGAACCCUAAAAAUAAUCAGCUUGCAGAGUUCGAUCUUCCUACAAAUUACGAAAUUAUGCCUCUGCCAACAGUUAUGAAUUUGCUUACUCCCUGCUCCAUGAAUAAGCAAGCUUCCUCACUGAGUAGAUGAUUUUAAAAAUUUAUAAGGAAAAUCUAUCAUCCCAUAUAGCAAAUAUUUGAGAAUGCGAUUUAAUUUAUAAAAUUUAUGUUUAAAAUCUAAUAAAAUAAGCUAGAAAUAUCAUUAUAAUUAUUAAAAAGAAUUUCUUACUAUCAAAGAAGGGAUUUAGUUUUGAUAAAAAUCAAGGCGAUUACGUGAAAGCAAACUUUAUUUCAAUUUACAAUGAAAAGGAAGACCGAUAUGAGUAUUUUGUUCAACAAUUACUGGGUGUAGAAAUUGAAAAAGAGAAGCCUCAAGAAGGAAAAGUCUGGGUUGUCUAUAUCAACGGAAAAAGAUAUAGCUGGGACGAAAUAUGUGAGUCAGAACAAACAGUCAAAGUCACGGACGAGAUCUUUUGGAGGCUUCAAAACUCCGAUGAAAAUUUACCCUUAGUUACAGCAAUAGCACACAAAUAAAAUGGCGACGACACCGACCCGUCCUCUCCCAGAACUGAGGCGAGAUUGGGGACCUUGCUGCGGCCUGAAGCCAAUCCGCCUAGGGAAAGGUCUGGAAUGGGUACUGGUAGUUUGUGUCCGGCUAGGUUUCCCUCCCAGUCCAGCAAUGACAAUCCUAGGGUCGUCCCGAUAGGACACGGGCAAAAGGGUUUUUCCUCUAGGGACUGCUAGUGCCAAUUUGGAGGGCAUGGCAGGAGCCGACAAGAGCUAAGGAGUUAAUCCUUAGCUCUAACCCUAGUCUGGCAACGUGAAGCACGGUGACCCAGUUCGCCUACUUCCGGGAUAGCAUGACCAAGCCCCAUGACCGGAAGGAGCUGAGUGGUAGCCUGUGGCACUUAGGUGCACACUGGAAGCAGGGCAAGGAAAGCAAGCGAGGCGUCCAAAAGGCGGAAGAAAAGGACCUUCGGUCCUGGCCGGGAGCUACUACUUUAUAAAUUUAACUAAGACUAAGACUAAGACUAAGUUACAGCAACAGCGCCAGCUACUAGCUAA